CUCCAAUCGCACUGGCUGCGGAUUAUAUAUCUCUUAACUCUUCUCCUUUUUUUGCAACGAGGUAUUGCUCGCGCGUGAGCCCCGCGGCCAGUUUUCUGCAAAUUGGAUGUUUUAGGCGACGGCCACUUCUGUUAAGCCUGGCAGCUACUGAUUUUCCUGUCCUAUACCUCGACCAAACAACGCUAUUGCUCCGUUCAUGCCUGUUGGGUUUGUGUCUAGCACUAUUCCCUCCACGGGGAUCAGUAACGUCGGGCCAGAAAGCGUUCAUGUCACUGGGAUGGAUAUCGAUGAAGAUCCCGCGAAAAGGACGGGCGAAAAGUUAACAGGCUUCAGCGCAUCUGAGUCGACAAACCAUGAAGAUACUUUAGCACCGGACCGCCGCCGCAAACGGUUACUAAUAUCAACGGACAGCGAGUUCGUCGAUAAUGUUCUACCGGUCCUGAUACAGCACCCCGGCAUCGAGGUUAGGUUCAUCACGGACGAACCAUUCGCCCUUCUCUCCGGCACGAACAAGGUUCCACAUUAUAUGGAUACGGUGGAUAGUAGGACUUUCGAGAAGGAAAUUGGGGCCCGAAGAUGGCUCAAGGCUAAAGCUGCGGAACUCUGCGAGUGGGCAGAUUUGUUACUCAUUGCCCCAGUCGAUGCGGGAACAUUAGGCUCCAUGCUGUCAGGCCUCACCAACACUCUGACACUGGCGUUGUUGCGGGGCUGGAAGUCUGCAAAGCCCGUUCUUCUCAUCCCUGGGAUGACCGUCUCAGAGUGGGAGCAUCCGUUAACUGAGAGGCAACUGCUGGAAGUUCGUCGGUUUUGGCCUUGGAUUGACAUUGUAUCGCCAGUUCUAUGGAAAUAUAACGCACCUGAAGAGCUGGUUCAGCUGCCUUGGGCGGGUUUGAAAGAGCUACAUGAAAUGAUUGAGAAAACUCUUAUGAUCUCGUUAGCAAAGGAUACGACAUCCACUACCCAGCCUACCGAGUCUACCGCAUCGCAAGUUGGUGCCAGUUUAGAGAAGCCUAUACCAGCAAAAGUCGCACCGCUCCAGUCUGAAGCUUUGUCCAGACCUAGUAUGGUUGAGAAGAAAGGCCCAUCCUCAUUGCCACUAGAAUUAUGGUUGAAUAUAUUCGAAGACCAUCUUAACGAUUGGGAGAUCGCCAAAGCGGUCGGUAUCCCAACGAAACUUGCAGUUCCUAAGGAAUGGCAGAGUCAUCUCCUGAAGAUGUCGGCACCUGCAUCUCUGGAGUACACUAUUCUUCGUGGUUCAUUUGCUGCAAUCAAGAAGCGGAUUGAUAGCCUGCCGCGUUGGAAACCACUAUCAGAUUUAGCAUGCCACCUCAUCUUCAAAUUCUCGCGAACUGACAUCCUUUCUCAUCUCACCGAGAAUCACCUUGAUCUCCUCUGGACUACCUCCCGCCUCACCAACAUCCCCUAUCGUGCAUCAGCAAUAUACGGCAAUCCCAAGAUAUUGACAUGGUGGCGAGAUGCCCCAGCACUCCCGAACAAAGAAUACAUUGCAGACGCAAUGGAUGGAGCCUCUCGUGCCGGCUUCGUGGAUGUCCUAGAGUGGUGGCGAACAUCAGGCUUGGAACUCCGCUACACCGAGAGAGCGCUAGAGUCAGCCAGUGCUGAAGGCCGCGUCAAUGUUCUUGAAUGGUGGAAGAGGGCUUCAGCAACCGCUCCCAGCUCUCGUCCAAUACCUCUGAAAGUCGGUAAAUCCGUCCUCCUCGCGGCUCAGUCUGGCCGAACAGCUUCGCUCGCCUGGUGGGACGCAUCAGGUAUCCCGUAUACACAUGCAGAAUCUGUUGCACGAAUCGCCAGCACCCACGGCCACGUGCACGUCCUUGAUUUCUGGUAUAAGCUGAAAGGGGCCAAGAUGAUUUUCGACUGCCAGGUGCUCGUUGGACCGACCAAAAAUGGCCACGAUAAUGUUCUAGAAUGGUGGCGUCGCAGCGGCCUCCGUGUGGAAUUCAAGACCUGCGAUAUCGAAGAAGCUCUUGAGGACGCGGACCCAGUGUCUGGUGCUGAAGAGCGGGUGAGGAAAUGGUGGGCUCGUAAUGGGCUCAAUCUAGGUGUUGGUACGAGCCUUUCUGGUCUCCCUUUCCUGCUUGGUCUGCAUCAUGUUCUGCUUCGCCUCGACAUGUUUAAUACUGGUAUGAGGUAA